GGGUUAGGCAUUCCAUAUGAUUUUUCUUUUCAAUGUUUGAGGGUUCGAAAGAAAUUCAUUUAGGCAGUGAAGAAAUAAAUUCUUUCACAACUGAUAAUGUGAAAGGCGAUUUCGCAACCUCAAACAAUAAAAACGAUGAUCACCAUUCUCGAAAUCAACCUCUCAAUAUAGAUAUGAAAAUUAAUUCAAACAAUGAUAAAAUGGAAAAUCAUAUUAUUUCAGAGAAUAAUGAAAAAGAUAUAAAUAAAACCGAAGCCUUAAAAAUGGUGGAAGAUGAGGUGGAUCCAUUAUCUCAGGAAAUAAAUGAGCCUUACAACUCAACCAAUGAUCACAUAUGGCUUGAUUAUGAUCACCCUUCAACUCCAACCACAUCCAAUAAAAUAUCCAACCUGACUAAUCGACUCAAAAACUUAAUGCCCUCUACGUUGUCCUCUUAUCAAGUUAAGACUCAACAUCCUUACGCUUACACAUACGGUAACCUUCGAACAUCUAAUCAGAAUUCGGUCGGGAAUCGAGUUAUGCCUUAUUUCAGUUCUGUUAAGGGACCGCAUAUCUUUCUUUGGACCAUUCUCUGUUUUCCGAUCUCUUUUUUGAUAACAUUUCUCUUUUCCCUAUAUUACAGCUCUCUGACCCUGUAUAAUUUCUAUGAUUAUUAUUUCGGGGAUCGUCGUCACGCCCUUUACAGGCUCAAUACUCCUUUCAAAAUAGCACUUCUCACAUUGCUCUUACUUUUUUCUCCGAUUUUCGCGGUUUUAUGCGGAAUUUUUUCAGGUUUAUAUGUCGCUGUGACUCAAUUGACUUGCGAUUUCGAUGUGUGGAGAAAUGAGAUAUGUGAUUUUGAAAAAGGAUUUUAUGGAUGGCUUUGUACCGUGACUAAUUUACCACAUUGCUGCCCUUACGACGUAGCUCUAGCUAGAGAGACGAGAAUGAUCAAACAGGGUACAAAAUCUGCUAAAAUUGGUGGUAGCAAUAACGCAGAAAGAGUCAAUGUCAGUACUAUAGGAAGCGACGAACGAAGGAGACAUUUGCAGUUUGAUUACGGCAAUAUACGAAACAAGGGAACGGGUCUUUCUAUGAUGCCUACCAAUAACGCGCACGAGAUUAUAAAUCAUUCGAAUGGCGACAAAGUGUGAUUCAAUAUUUUUUAUACCUACUUUAUACUCUAUUAUAUAAGAAAAAAAAAUUAUAUUUUUUUAACAAAAACAUCUUAAUUAUAUAUGCAAAUUUAUAUAUAUAUAAUAAACAUAAAACUUGAAUUGAUGAAAUCUAACAUUCUGCUUUUAAAAGAAGUAAAAAAUGUUUAAAGGAGUUUAUUUUAUCAUUAUAAGAACCAGAGACCAAAACACAUUUUUUUUAAAAUACUAUUAUAUAAAA